CUCUUGCUAUUCUCUUUGUGGGAGGGGCUACAGAUCUAUAUAAUCUCCAGGCAGAACUACUGAGAGCUUAGAGUGAGUUAUAGUGUGCACAAGGAAGAAACUAUCAGGCACGUGGAAACAUGUCUGGGAAACCCAAGCUGCACUACUUCAAUGGACGAGGCCGAAUGGAACCAAUCCGGUGGCUGCUGGCAGCAGCCGGGGUUGAGUUUGAAGAAUCUUUUGUGGAAAAAAAGGAUGAUCUGACAAAGCUACAGAAGGAUGGAUCCCUGCUCUUUCAGCAAGUGCCAAUGGUGGAGAUUGAUGGCAUGAAGAUGGUGCAGACCAGAGCCAUUGCCAAUUACAUAGCAACGAAGUACAACCUCUACGGGAAGGACCUGAAGGAGAGAGCCCUAAUUGAUAUGUAUGUGGAAGGAAUAUUCGAUCUGAAUGAGUUAUUCAUGAACUAUGAAAUCCAACCAGCAGAUAAGAAGGAGCAACAUUUUGCUAAUAUGAUGGACAAGGCCACAAACAGAUACUUCCCAGCCUUUGAGAAGGUUUUGAAAGACCAUGGACAAGACUUUCUUGUUGGCAACCAGUUAAGCAGGGCAGAUGUGCAGUUACUUGAAAUCAUUUUAAUGGCAGAAGAGUGCAAACCUGAUAUCCUUGCCAAAUUUCCUCUCUUGCAGAGUUUUAAAGCAAGAAUAAGCAAUAUCCCCACAAUAAAGAAAUACCUGCAGCCUGGCAGCCAGAGGAAACCACCAAUACAACCAGAAGAGGUGCCCAAAGUGAUAGCAAUUUUCCACUGAGCAGCAGCCUAAAGCCACAGAAACUCUCAUUUCAUUAUGUUUGCUGAUUGUGGCAAAGAGAAAUGAAUGAAAACAGUGAAAAGGUUUUUGAUCUCUCUUUCCUUAGCUACAGCACUGGUUUGAGACUACUGUCAACACUUCCUAGGGAAAUCUAUACAAGCAUACCAGAAAGAGUGCACUGAUGGAAGAGUGCACUGAUUAGGGAGUGUACUGGACAACACAAGAUAUCUUAACUGACUAAAGAGAAUACCUGAAAUAAAGUCUUACUAUUGACACUCAAA